AUGGCUCAAAUCGAGUCUCCCAGGUCGCCCAUCUUGCCUGACACGCUGCUGUCGGUCACUGCUCUUGCUCGCUUCGAGUUUGAACCUGGCAAAGGCAAUGAUGGUACCAAAGUCAUGAUGGUUGAAUGGCAAGACGACGACCAGGCCAGAGCAAAGUCAGGUAGAUGGCAGGUCUCGUGGUCCGGCAAACGCACCGUCUUCCCCGCAGACGACAAUCCUUCAGACAAUAUCCGUCGUGUAUAUUUCCUUCUCCCUCCUGGCGCCAUUGUGCCACCUCACAUCACUUUGGCAUUCUAUCCUCCCACAGACCCCAUGGGAUCUACCGAGACCCCAGCGACAGCGCUUCCCCCUCUCGGAAUGACGGUGAACCCGCUACCUGCUAUCUUCACUCCCGAGCUGGGUGCCACGGCCAAGGCCAGCGGCAGAAAAGGCGUGCUUCACACUAUAUGGGCUAAGAAGAGGCUCCAGGUGUUGGACAAAGAAAUCAAGGACGAGGAAGAACACAAUCUAGAAGGCAUUGCAUUGGAGAUGGCCCGAUCCGAGAAGUCUUGGAUCGAGAACAAUUUCGGCCUGACUCCAAAGCCCCCGAACCUCGAUUUGAGCAGCAUUUCCAAAUCCCCCAUGGGGCCGACGAGCCCGGGUAUCCAAAGUCCCAAGUCUCCGGGUGGAAGAAGGCUCAGUGAGAAACUCAAGGGCUUGAGCAUUGGGACGAGCGACAGAGAACUCAAUGCGAGGGGUCUGAAUACUCCCACCCGCGAAUCUCAUCCGCUCUCACCCGAGGCAUCGGAUAUGGCCUAUUCGUCAUUCGGUAGCUUCCAGAAUGGCCCGGGAUCCGCGACAUCUACAACCGGAGGUAGAAAGGUCGUUGCUCAAGCACCACCAGACUAUAUCAGAAAACAGCAGGGACAGUCGCCCGCCACGGCUUCCCUCAAUUCCGUGGGCCAGACACCCAAGCCAGAUGAUCCCGCAGACGAUGAUUUGUUUGCGGUUGCACUAAGUCCAAGGUCACCGGAUGGCCCAAAGAGCCCCUUUUCAAUAUCGAGUGCCGAAGUCGGUGCAUUUGCCAAGAUCAAGGGCGAGCGAUGA